UGUCACAUUAGAUUGCAGUGAAAAGGCAUGGUUCGGUUAAGACGGGGGUCAAACCUCAAUCCUGCCUGCAGCCCAGAGAGAGUUUGAAAUGGACUCAGACAAACCUCAGCAACAGUUCUCUGAAAAUUACUCUGAGGUCACGGUUAGCUCAAGCGCAGAUGUUCAAAAUCACCCAAGAAAAGAUUCUGGGACAUCUGAGAGCACCAGGGGUGGCGGAGGACGAGCAAGGCCGUACCCUUCACCGUCCCGCAGGAGACACCGAACUACCUUCAGCAGUGAGCAGCUGGAACAGCUGGAGUUAGCUUUCAGACAGAACCACUAUCCUGAUAUCUACUUUAGAGAGGAGCUUGCGAGAGCAACCAAACUCAACGAGGCUCGAAUACAGGUAUGGUUCCAGAACCGUCGUGCAAAGCAGCGGAAGCAGGAUCGUAUCACCCAGAAAGUGCUGCCGGUGGGCAUAAUGCCAGGGCGAGGUUCUCUCUUUAGCAGUAUGUGUGUGUCUUCCUCUGCCAUGGGGCGGCAGUACCAGUGCCCCCAUUCCCUGCCACACAUCCCCCGAUUCCCUUCAGUGCUGCCCCCUGGAGGCUUCCCACCCCAUCCGUCCUCCAGCAGUCAUUUCUCCUGCCCCUCCGGCCCUGCUCCAUCACAAGCCAGCAGACAGCCAGACGACUGGUACAAUCAGCUGCGCAACAUCGGACCAUCCGCUACUUCAGUGCUCUCACUGGCCUCUGUGUCGGCGCUGGAAACCACUAGUCACUGGAACUAGAGGAAGUGCUGCUGGGUUAUUCAGUAGUCGUAAACUCUUUUGGUUUCCCUUAUUUUGAUGGUCCCUUCAACACAUUCUGUUGA